AUGGCCAAAAUGGCUCCAACAUGUGUCGCAUCCCAGAGGGAAGUGCCCCGGAUGGACCUUUGGUGUUAUACCACUGACCCCAGAGUUCGAUGGGAAUACUGCAAUAUAUCAAAAUGUCCUCCAAGAGGUAGAAUCAGUGCCCAUCUAAAUAGCGCUGGACCUAUGUAGUUUAUAGAACGUAAAGUCAGAUUAAAAAAUCCCGUAAGCAUUAGCGAAUUACUCACUUUGAUUGUCUUUUGUGACUAAAAUGUCAUGUUUAUCGGAUUUUUUUGUCAUCAAAGGACAAAAUGACCAAAGUCAGGAUAACAUUGAAAAUAAGUCACACAGACGUCAUUUGUGGGCUGUGCUAUUUAGUACAUUUCAGACAUUUAGUUUGGACAAAAAAUGCACAACCACUAAUCUGGCCAAGAUAUUACAGUCGCCCAAACGCAAAUUAAUUCUUUAAGUUUUUUUUUUUUUCCCGGAGCGGAAGGAGUGUGAAAUAUGUCGGGCGUACAUCUCCAAUAAAAAUUGCGUAACAUAUCAACGACCAUCUUGACAUGACAGAACUUGGUAAAGGCAGGUCGUUGAAAGCCAACUGAAAAAUAUCCACUAAUCAUAAACAAUGCAUGUACAUAAGUGAUAACGAUAACUCCUGGGAAUUUAAGCUGUGUUUGUCGCAUAAUAUAUUUUAUUUUUCCUUUUUACUAGCUCCAAAGAAUGCUCCUGGGUUGGUUAAAGGUUACCCUCUCAAUUCAUCUUCUGCAAACAUCUGGUGGGAAAGAAUCCCACCAAUCAGGGACAAGGAAAAACUGCUAGGCUACAGGAUAAGAUACAAUCCCCUUGGAUCCCACUCAUAUAAGGAAAUGAACGUCACAAGCAACGUCACAGAGGCUGUCAUUAAUAGACUUCCGUCAACCACUAGAUAUCAGAUCAAGGUAAAUGGAUUUAACAAAGUCGGCCACGGACCAACCAGCAAAGUUCUUGAAUUGAAAACGUUGACAGCUGGUAAGUUUUUAAGCAAGUAA